UCUCACCCACAGGGAGGAACUGUGGUUCUUCUCUUCAUCAAGAAGAAGCGAUCCUCCCUAUCUGGCCCUCCUGUUCUGUUCCACUGCAGAUGAUCCAUCUGUCACCCACCUGCAGCUGAUCUUAGACCCACACUGCAGCCACAACAUGAGCAUACGGAAACUGAGUUUCAAGUGGUUUGGCAGCCUCACCAACCUCUCUUUUCGCCGCUCCUCUGAGAAAUCAGACUCCAAGUCGCCUCAGUUGAAGCCUGGAGCAGGAGCGGGAGGUGCGCCCGGAGAUGAUGCUGUCACCACGGCGAUCCUGGCUCCAGUUGUUGAGACAACAGUGGAUGACAUGGGAGCCAUGCGUGCUCGCACCUCCAGCUACGUCCGCUCCAGUGAGAACUACACGCACAUGGGUACGCUGCCACGUCUGCUGAUGAAGAGGAGAGACAAGAGUAAUAAAGGAGGCUCCAGCAGCAAUAAGAAGAGUAAAGACAAGAGCAGCAUCAGCAGAAGUCAAAGCCAGCGGCCUGCAGGGCACCAGGACCGCGGGCCCCUGAGGGUCACAGUCGCCUCAUCCACAGUGGCCCGGGAUGAAGCUGGAGGUAAAGCUGACACUGGGCUCGACCAAGACUCUGUCCCCGAUCACAAAACCCAGCCCGGACCUACACCUGAAACCAACGUCACAAGCACCCAAAACACCAUCUCUGGGCCCACAGCUGCAAGUGAAGAUGUGUCGCCAUCUGGUGGCUCAAGUGCUGCACUUCAACCAGAGAUUUGUGACAAGAAGGAUGCCACCCAGGCUGGUGAAGACUUGGACCCUGAAGAGACUUCCUCCCCUCCUCUCAGCCAGGAGGAUGAUCACACCCACAGGGAGAAUGGGUUAGAGUCUGGAGCUGUAUCUGAACCAAAGGAGGAGGCGGAGAGCAGAGAUUUGACAGGAGGAGCAGAGAAAGGAGACCACAACUCAGACAGCAUUUACAGCCACAUGGAGCCAGCAGAGAGCCAGGCGGAGUACGUCCAGUUCUCCAAGGAGAAGUACCUGCUGGAGUCUCCUCCUGAGAAACUUCGUAAGGAGCUGGAGGAGGAGCUGAAACUGAGCGCUGCUGACAUCAGGAGCCAUGGCUGGUACCAUGGACACAUACCCAGAGAGGUGUCAGAGACUCUGGUUCUACGUAACGGGGAUUUCCUCGUGCGUGACUCUCUGACCAGUGUGGGUGACUACGUGCUGACCUGUCGAUGGGAUAAUGAGGUGCUGCACUUCAAGAUCAGCAAAGUCCUGGUCAAAUCCAGCGAGACCAAGGUGCAGUACAUGCUGGAGUCUGACAGCUUCGACUCAGUCCAGGAGCUCGUGCGGUUCUACGUGGGCCAGCGCAAACCGGUCUCCCAGUCCAGCGGUGUCCACAUCUACUGUCCCGUCAGCAGGACUCUCCCUCUGCGCUACCUGGAGGCCACCUUCGCUCUGGCCAACAGCAAGCACGGCUCCGCCUACUCGCCGUCCAGUCAGAGGGGAGCGUACAUCAAGAGGAGGAGCGUCACCAUGACGGAUGGACUGACGACCGAGAAGAUGAUGCCUCACAGUGACUCAGACAGUCCCAGUCCAGUUAAGACGCCAGUGGCAACGCCAGAACCAGAGCCGGAACCUUUGCCCAACUGCAGCCCGUCGACAAUCCACCACCAUAAAGACGCAAUGCGGAACUGUGCGAUGAGCAUGGACCAGAUUCAGGAGUAUCGCUGCCCCUUGUCACCUGUUGGCGAAGCCCCACUGUCUCCUGCAUAUAGUGCCAUCACCAGGCAGAGAGCCCACUCAGGUGGGCGAGUCCUGGCCGUCGUCCCGCCCUCCCCCGUGAUGCGUCGUUCCAGCGACCCUCAGCUCAGCCCCUCAGCCAGCAACAACCCGCCAGAGCAUCCCGCACACACCUCUCACUCGGCACACUCCUCUCCCGCCCAUCAUCCCGGCUACCAGUCGCAUUCCUCAGAAACAGCAGGGAGCUACUGUGACCUCAGGCCUUGCGCCGCUGGGCCCCCCAAACCCCCGGCGAAGAGCUACGUGGAGCGAUUGCGAGUGGAAGAGGGGAGGCAGGACGGCGCUAGGGAGGAAGGAGAGGGGAUGUUCAGCGUCCCACAGGUGGAGACAGCGUCCUCGUUCAGGCCAUCCAGGUACGAGUCUUGCCUUAUGCCGGCUGAGAAUAAGCCUCUGGAGAUGUCAGUGCUGAAGAGAGUCAAAGAGCUGCUGGCUGAGGUGGAUGCAAGGACCGCGGCUAAACACAUCACCAUGGUGGACUGCACGGUGGCCAGAAUAUUAGGCGUAACCUCAGAGAUGCAAAGGAUGAUGGGAGUGUCCUCAGGGUUGGAGUUGCUUACACUACCACACGGACACCAGCUCAGACUCGACCUGCUGGAGAGGUUCUACACCAUGUCGAUCAUGGUGGCCGUGGACCUUCUCGGCUGUACAGGAAGCACGGAGGAGAGGGCGGCUUUGCUCCACAAGACCAUCCAGUUGGCAGCAGAGCUGAAAAGCAGCCUGGGCAACAUGUUUGGCUUCGCUGCAGUGAUGAGAGCCCUGGAGCUGCCACAGAUUUCUCGCCUGGAGCAGACGUGGGUGACGUUACGCCAGAGACACACAGAGGGCGCCAUUCUAUACGAGAAGAAACUAAAACCUUUCAUGAAAAACAUGAACGAUGGCAAAGAGUCUAGUGCCCUGUCCAACACCUCCCUCCCCCACAUCAUUCCCGUCCUGUCCUUACUGGAGCGGGGCAUGGCUCUCGGGGAGGGGCUGGAGCCCUGGGAGAGUGCGGAGGUGGGAGUAGACGUAGUCAUGUACCACCUAGAGGCAGCUCGUACCAUCGCACAUCACGGGGGGAUCUAUAAAACUAACGCUGAGACCAAACUGCAGGGGCUCCAGGAGCGAGCAGAAAUUCACGAAAUCUUCCGGACAGAGUUUCAGAUGCGUCUUCUGUGGGGCAGCCGCGGCUCAGAGGGCAGCCAAUCGGAGCGCUACGAGAAGUUCGACAAGGUCCUCACCGCCCUGUCACACAAGCUAGAGCCUCCCGUGCGCCACAGCGAGCUAUAGCACCCGCCCCGACACCCGCCGUCGCCAAAAACAUGCCCAUUUGCACUCACCACUCAUCGUGGGCUUGUUUUGCAUCGCGAAGGAUGAUAUGAAGAGUCCAGCGUGAACAGCGGGAGGGGUGAGAGUGAAUGAAGAGGCAGCUAACAGGUGCAGCGAGCGACAGGAAUAGAGAGAAGAGGGUCUCACUUCUAACACGUGUUGCACUCACUGAGGACUUCUCUUCCUGUUCCUCCCUGUGGACUUCCUCACUUAGCACUAAGAUAUUUGAAUGGCGUCAGAGAGGAGACCAGCUGAGUGGAUAAGAAGAUGGGGACAGAUGGGUGACCAGCUCCUCUGUGUGGUACAAACAGUAACAUGUGUACGGUGUGUCCAGAGGGCCAAACAGAGCCGAUAAAACACGGACACUCUCUUGUUUCAAACAACUGCUGUCACACACUGUAGCAGAAAUGAUGACAAUAACUUCCAUAGCUCAUAUAUAGAUGUUUUGUCUGUGUGAGUGCGUGUGUGUCUGUGCGCUUGUUUACAUUCCUCCAUUUUUUUAUGUUUCAUGUUUUAUUUUGUUUUUUUUUUGUGUUAUCAAUUUGUUAUCAUCAGAGGAUAUCUCAACAUCAUGGAUGUUGCUUCACCAAACUCGUGAGAAUCUGUCAGUGCUCAUUCUGAGGGAACCAUGUUCAUAAAACCUCAUUAAAUAUGUAUCAAGCAGUCCCAUUGAAUCCCAUUAAAAAUGUAUCAGGCAUGCAUUAAUAAAUGUAUCAGAAAUGAAACAUUUGGAGAAGCAGUGCUGCAACUUCAAUAUGAGGGCUUUGCGAGUUGUUGAAAACAUUACGAGGACAAAGCAACCUCCCUCUGCUUUUUGACUAAUGCAUUUGAUAUCGUGUGUCUUGUGCACUAAAUUUAGCUAAAAACAGCACAAUGAGACGGGAAAAAUGGGACGUGUUCUGUUUAAAUUUAGUUAAAGCAAUGUUUCACUUAGUAUACAAACAUUUAUGAACAUGCUUUGGUAUGACUGCCUUCGGUUUGUGCAUUUGCGGAAUAAUUCAAAUGGUCGAUGCAUGCAGCUGUAAAUGUUAUACCAAGUAAAAUGUUGCUUUAAACAGCAAAUUUAAAUGUGUUAAUUGUGUCAAAGUUGAGAAAUAUACAGCUGAUACAGUGAAGAUCUGUCAUGUCUGUGAAUAAUCUUGAAUGAUGCUGAACAGACAGAGAAAUCUGUCAUCUUUCGUCUUUGUUUGAAAACCAGUGAAUGAUUUAAACAAAAAAAAGUUCCCAAACUGAAUCAAAUAAGGACACAACCCUGCCACAGAGAAUAUCUCUUCUUUGUAUGUUUUGAAUUUGUGUUUCAGCCGUGGAGCUAAAAUGAUCCUAAUCUUGUUAUUGCUGUGGGAUUACAUUUUCGUUGGCUGCUCAGUGUUAAAUCAUUGCUGUAUUUACAGCCUGGGCCUGAGAGGGCUGGAGCCGACUCUCAGAGCUAUGCAAUCAUUUCAACCAAGGGCUGAGACCCCCGUCUAGAAUAUUUUAGAGAGCCAGUUUUCCACUUCUUGCCCCUUACGCCCCCUUCUUUUUAAAAUGUCUAUCUUCUCUCUAACCCUAUCCAAACUGCUAAUAUAUAUAUGAAUAAAAGUCUUAUCAGAUAUCAAUCAGAAAUACAGAAAUAAUUCUAAAAAUAUGCUUCUAUCUGAGAUUUGCGUAUCAGAGAUCCUUAAAUGGAUGUUUGAUUGUCCCGCUUUCUAGUCUAAACCAUGUUCAGGUUCAGCUGUACAGAUCAGUUCACGAGGUGAGGAGCCAUGUGCCAGUUCCCCCUGUGGUCCGACAGGGGGCAAUCUUUAGUCAGCAAAAAAAACACUGAAUCAUAAAUUGUAAUAUGAUAUAACAGGAAGACACACACACACACACACACAGGGGGAAAACGUGUGUGUAUGAGACCAAUGUUUGCUGUCACUGCUAUCAGAUAUCAAACCUACUGGUUUAGGUCCGAUAACACUGAUGAAGACAAAGUGGUGAUGAUGAUGAUGAAGAUGAUGUAAUCUGUUUUUAUUUGUCCUCUGCUGAAUGCUGUACAGGAAUGCUCUGACCGUGUGUGGAUUCUCCUGUUUUUUGUAACAGGGCUGUGUGAGAUGACCUCGAAAAGCAAAAAGACAAGAAAUGUUUUAGGACUGAUCUCAUGUUUUUUUACGUACUGUACAUAGCGAUUCACUUUUUUCCAAAUAAAAUGAUUGCU